AUGGCAACCCUGCAGCAGACGUGUGUGGACAGGCUACAACCUUCAAGUGGAUAUGGCCGAAUCAGUGAGGCACAAGCGUCGUCGGUCCGACUUCCUGUGAAUCCUUUGCCAGUGGACGCGAUGAACUCUAUUCAGGCACAAUCGGACCAGACGGUGAAGAGAGUUGCAACCUUGGAGUCCACCAUGGCGGAGGUGACUCGACGCCUUGAUGACUGGACCGAGGUCACUCGAGGCGGCAUUGCAGAUUUGCGCGCCGAGAUUGGUGCGGUCAAGCUGGAACAACGCUUCUCUCAAACAUUGAGAAAUGCACCAGGAGAUGUGCAGAGCAGUUCACGGCAAGCCACGGGACCUGGUGGCACACCUUUGGAGGGCGGCAAGCAGGAAGGACUCAUUGGUGAGGACUUAAAACAACGUUUGGAGGUCUACGAGAAGAAGCUGUCAGCCAUCCAGAGUGAGCACAUGUUCGAUGCAACUUCCAUGCGAGAGCGACUGGAGGCAGCUCUUCGGGAGAGUGACAAUCAAACCUCCCGGGCUGACGAGCUCCAGGCACUUGUGAAGGAAGAGCAGGGGCGUCGUGCUUUGCUCUUCGUGCGCCUCGAAGCUGUCGAGGCUUCGGUGCAGGAUCUGCGAACGAAUCAGCGAGAUAUCGCUUCGGCUAACGAGGUGACCGAAAGGGUCCUGAAGGGAGAGUUCAAGAAAGAGGCAUCUGAUCUUCUCGAGCAGUUGGAUGUUCGCCUGAAAGCCCUUGAAGAUCGUUCACCCAACGCCGAGGACACCAUCAAGGCGACAGCAGACAGAAGCAACAAUGCUGCGGAAUUAGGUGAGAUGCGCUCAUCGCUUGUAUCAUCAACCAAUGACAUCCUCCGCUUGGCGAAGGAGGUAGCCACAAUCCGUGAGGAGCAUGACCAAGCGAUUGGCGACCUUGGUAGUCUUACUGAGCGAGUGGCCAAGUCUGCCAUAGCAGGCAUUCAGCGUUCGGAGGAGCGCAUGGCUGCUGAUCUAUCUGGAAAGCGUGCCGACUUCGAGCGAGUGGUCGCGCAGCAACGAGAGCACCUGGAAAGAGAAGCGCAAGCUGUCAUUGCCGAAGUCAAAAAUCUCGCUUCUGGUACCGCGUCAGGUUCCUGUUCGAGAGGAGCAGUUGAAGAGGCUUCGAACGGCCGUGUUGAGGUCGCACUUCGACGCAUCGACGCGCUUGCUCGAGAACUUCGUGCCGAGGCAUCGGCGCAGGCGGAGGCCAGUGAGGCCAGGGUCGCCUCUGUUGAGGCCACAUUUGGAUCAGACCUCAAGCGACUUCGCGGAAUGCUCUCAACAUGUGUGUCGCAGUUGGAGGCCAUGCAGGUGGAGCUGUCGCAGCUCGUCCUUGCGCGUGUGGAACCUCGCGUUGCAUCCUUGGAGGCCAAGAUGGGCCCACAGGUGGAGGACUUGACUGCGUCUACAGACACAGGACUUUCGAGGUCGGUUGCCGAGACAUCGUCGACCGAUGGCGUACACGCGAAGUGGAUGGGGUCCUUGUCGAAGGUAAAGCCAUCCUGGCUUGCACCACCAGCAGAGAGGACCAUCUUGACCAAAUAG